UUUCUGGCCAGACAGAAUGUUUAUCCCAUAAUAAAGAGAUGGACAAUAGACACGCUCUGCUGUCAGGUAGGGUGGGGCUGCCCAGUGUUCAAAUAUCAGCACCUCUCCCAAUCACAGAUAAACAACCUACAAGAAGUGGUCAGUUUCACAAGAUCUGUAUCAAUCUAAAUUGCAAACUACUUUUUUCGGGAGUUUUCGGGAGUAAUCAGUCAGAAGUUCAAGACCUUUAAUAAUUUCACAGUGACUUUUUGGCAAUAUGACAAAGACAGUGUUGUUACUGGUGUGCCUAAUUCUCAUUUUUUCUGUGGGUGCUGAAGACAAGUCUACAAUGUACCGAAGGCCCAUGUGUGAGGGCAUGAGUAAGACUGAAGCCUGCCCUCUUAACUACGCUCCAGUCUGUGGAAGUGAUGGCAUCACCUAUGUCAAUGAGUGUGGUCUAUGUGUACAAAGCCUUCGAACCAGGACCGACAUCAUGAUAAUGAAAGAUGGAAGUUGCUGAGGAGUAUGUGUAAUUUCCAUCUCAUCAUCUGCUUUUUGCUUUUACCUACUGUGCUUGUUCAAAUGAAUCUGUGUAGCUCUCUCUUUUUGAAUAUAUUAUUGUAAACAAACAAAUUUUUGCUUAUACGGAUAGGUAUUGCUUGUAUUUAGAUGUAUAGCCUAUAUUAUUCCACCCAACUUUAUUAUUAAAGAUUAAUCACAUUGAAAAAUAGAAAUAUGUGUCGUGAGCUUAUUUGUUUACUUUAAUUUAAUUAGUUUAAUUUUAACAUAUAUUUAUUUUAGGUAAAGU